AUGGAGUCUCUCUUGAAGAACCUCGAAAAACAUGUUACUUUCUCCAUUUGUCUUGAUACUUACACCAAGCCUAAGACCAUAGCUUGUCUUCAUACCUUCUGCUUAAUAUGUUUAGAGGAGCACGCUUUGAGAACCCAAAGUCAAGGACAAUUUCGAUGUCCCGAUUGUCAGGCACAAGUGAAUAUCCCAGAAGGAAAUCGUUUCGAUAAUUUGCCGACUGGUAUUCAGCAAAACGAUUUGUUGAGUCUUCUCGCUGUACGACAAAGUAGCGAUGGAAGUCAGAUCAGUUGUGGUAUCUGUAAGAAAAAGAGCGCCGAGAUCUGCUAUUGCUUUGCUUGCGAAAGAUUACUGUGCCGUGAUUGCGUUAAUGCACACGAAUUGUUUCGAGAGAUUGCCUUUCAAGGACACAAAGUAACGGCAGUGAAACAGUUUCAACCCUUAGAUUACGAGGCCUUGUUGUUAAAGCGUCAGUCCUAUUGCCCUCAGCCUUACCACGAGAGAGAGGUAACCAGGUUUUUCUGCCUUGAAUGCCAGAUUUGUGUUUGUCAAGUUUGCAUAAACACUGAUCACAAGAAUCAUAAUGUUGAUCCGCUUGAGAAAGCAGUGGAUGCCGUGAAAGCAAACAUUAUGGCGGCAGUCGAGUCGAUAGAAGAGAAGAAGAAAGUCUGUAGCGAUGCGAUUAAAACUUUACUUCAAGCUGUUGUACAUCUGGAACGAAAUAUUACCGCUGCUAAACGAGAGGUUUCCCAAACAGCCAAACAAAUGAUCGCGAAGAUUCAAGAACACGAGCGGGAAGCUACAAAAAUUCUCGAGACUACACGGGUGUUUAGAAUGGAGAAAAUAAACUCUCUAAACGAGCAAGUAAAGUCAUUGAUCAAACAGCUUGACCAAGCAGUUCAGUUUGCAAAAACCCUGGUUGAGAGAAGCUCCAGUUCAGAUGUUAUGAAAGGUAAGAAGAUUUUACAGGAGCGAUUUGGAGAUCUCGACAACACCACAGUCCCUUCGCUUCCGGUUAGCUCAUUCGUGAAGUAUUUCUCGACUAAUGCACUUGACAACCAAAACCUGGGGUCAGUGAUAACCAGUGAAGCAGAUUUACGGUUUUCAUCGAUGGAAGCUCUUACUGAAAAUUUCCAAGCUGGUCUGGAAGCAGAACUUCUGAUUUGUCUAAAGCGAAAGAGUGAAGAAGAGCUUGCAGGUAAACGCAACGGUGAAUUUGACAUUAAAGUUGUCGUAAAACACGCUGAAGAUGUAGCAAGUUUAAGAACGUUUAAAAAAGAAAGUGGUGAUAUCCACGUGAAGUUUGUUCCUAAAAUACCUGGCACCUUCAACAUAACAGGCAAGAUAAAUGGCGACAAACUUGUCACCAGUCCUUUCAGGGUCCACGUAAAGGAACGACGGAUUGAUGUUGUGGGCGAGUUAGUUGUAAAAGGAGGAAUUCCUGAAAGGCCAAAUUGGAUUGCUGUCAACAGCAAAGGAACGAUCGCUGUAAUUGACGAUAAAAAACACUGUAUCUUAAUGUUUGAUAGGGAUGGAAAUUUUGUCCAAAAAUUUGGCUGCUCUGGAUAUGGGCCUGGGCAACUGUGUUUUCCAACUGGAGUGAAAUUCCUGAAUGAUGACCAGCUUCUGGUGGUGGAUGACUUUAAUGGCCGAAUUCAACAAUUCAAUGUACAGACAGGGAACUUUGUGAAGAGCUUUGGAAAGGAAGGGACUGGAGACGGCGAAUUCAAAAGACCCGAAGGAAUUUUCAUAGAUAAUGAAGGACGUGUCAUUGUAGCGGAUUACGGUAACGACAGAAUUCAGGUCUUGGACAAAGAUGGUAAAUUAAUGGUCAAAUUUGGAGACGACGACCCUGGAAAGCUAAACCAACCUAGUGGAUGCAUUUAUCACAAAAAAAAGUUCAUUGUCUCUGACAGUGAAAACCAUUGCUUGAAAGUGUUCGACAAAUCAGGGAAGUUCUUGUACAAAAUUGGAGAAAAAGGUGAAGCUGAUGGACAAUUUUCAUCUCCAUGGGGUUUGUGUGUUGAGAAAUAUGGCGAUCAUCAGAAUCUUUUGGUGUGUGACAGAGGUAAUGGACGCAUUCAACAGUUUACAAUGGAAGGUCGUUUUACUGGAAAAACUGUUACUAAACUAAAAGAUCCGAAAGCAAUAGCUACAACACCAGAUGGUCGUAUUUUGGUUUGUGACCGUGACGACAAAAAAAUUUACAUCUUGAAAUAGACAAUCAAAUGUGUUUUGCGAAGGAAUAAUGAUGUGGGAAUGGUAACAAAGCUAGCACUUUUAUCUUUACACCAACAAUCAAAUAAUUUAUAUUUGUUUUUUUUUCCUCGAAUAUGAUUUGCUUUAGGAUCUUUCAGGUGCUUAGGAUGUAUGUAUUAAAAAGCGGACUGACGCAGGCCUCCAUCUCCUCCCACAGCUCAAUUUCUAGGAGUGCAUGUAUCAGUUGAGACCGCCAUCCUCUCCGCCGUGUGUAUUGAAAAUCUCAUCGGUGGAUAUCGAGCUUGCUCGGUCCCAGGCUCCUUUGUCAAUAUAUUUUACUUUGGAAAGAAUAUAGCAGUUUUACCAUGUCAUGUAUCUCUAGGUGAGAGUUUUCAAUUUUGCAGGAUAGGACUAAAAAACAACUGCUUCUCUGGAAAUAACAUUCUAGUUUUAGCUUGUCUGGUAUCUUUUUGAGUGAAUUUUUUCAAUCUGCCGAACUGGACUAGAAUAUACAAAUUAGUUCCUUUAAGAUGUUCAUGCAACUAUGUAGAGAUAUGCUCGUACUAUAAAUUUUCUUCUUUAUCGUCGUUAAAUGAUAAUUUUUCCAGAAGAAACUAGAACAUUAGAAAAGAAGACUCGUUCAAUUAUAAUAGACCAGUUUAUUUGAAUUUGCUUAAUAUCUCUUACGAUAAAUGUUGAUAUAAAAAGAUGAGGGACUGAUAUUUUGACUGAGCAAAACUUCAUAUAUAAUGACAUUGCAUUAGUUAUUAAAAGACUUACGGGGGCGGAUCCGGGAAUUUUUCAUAGGGGAGGGAGGGGGGGUUCAAAUUUUGGCUCAGAAAACACUACAGAAACUUUCUUUGGCAAAUUACCUUUCCCCGCAACUACGUCAUUUAACAAACCUUAACCCAACUGCCCCCUCCCGCCGUUACACAUUAUAUCCAAUUUAACAACAAUUUUCUUAGCCCCCUGUGCAAGUCCUGACAACGGCUUUUCAGACAUCCUAUUUCUAUGGUAGGACUUGAUUCUUCGCCAGCCAGAGAACGAACGCUCGGCUUCGGCAGAACUUUCUAAGAGCGUACACCCAAUUAUAUAGUAUCCAUGCCUUUCCACCUAUCUGGUUUUGCCUGAGUCUUUUAGCUUCUCCCUUUUAGAAAUAGAAAAACCCUAAAACUUGUUACAGAAAUCGCUGUCUUUUAGGCGAAAAAAGUGGAAGAAGGAAAAAGUCUCAUUUGAGGUUCUAAUCAUGUUUCAGUGACCGGAGUCAACCUGCGCGCGGCUGCAACACUGACCGUUGUAAUUAGUGUACAAUACCAUUGGAGCUAGUCUCUUUUUUCUCCCUCGCACACUACAUGCUACCGAUGACAUGGCAGCAGUACCGUGAUCAUGUGCUCGUCCUCUUGCAAACGGCGACAUCGAUGUUGUUCUCGGCCAAACUUGACAAAAGAGCGUUUGCUGUGCUCUCACCAGAUGUUUUGUCAAGGUUGACAAAGUCGAAAAAUACUUCUUUGAUUUGAUGGGAGGCAUUAUUUCUUAGAUCUAAAAACCUUAAGGCAAACACUUAAUACUUCUUGAUUUGCGUAUUUAUCUGUCACCUCAUCGCCAAUGAUUGAGAAAAAAGCGGUUUCUUUUUGAAUUGGCUGUGUAACUUUCGACCGAAUAUAUGCUCCAAUGAUACGAAUAACUUCCUCUUGUCCAGUUUUCGAGGUGCUUGUGGCAUUUCCCCUACCAGUGAGAAAAUGUUCUUUUAAAUCUUUAUCAGAGUUUCUUAUUGGUAUAAGAAUAGCAUGGAAGUUACAUUUGUUCACGGAUGCUGUGCUUGUGCUGUCAUCGCGAUGGCCUCUAAGAGGGAUAUUCUGUUUGUCACACAAUAUUGUGGUACUUGUGAUUACUCUUACUACGUUCAUAUUUUUUUCAAACAUCUCUUGGUUUUGCGUGGGCAUUCCUAAAUGGCGAGGUCUUCUUUGGUUUUUGGGCACUUUGAAUUAUCGCAACGCCGGCGUCAAGUGCCCUCUGAUGAUAUUGCAUUUUGUGAUGACACCUAAGUGCUCCAUCUUUACCAGAGGGUUUUUCCAGUUUUUGGAAUAGUGCUGCUACAAGUGGUUUCUUCUGUGCUGAAGGAUUCGAUGGGGUUAUUAUGCAUCACGCAAAACUCCCCAUUUGAGAAGAGCUAUAUACAAGCCACUUACACGUUUCUAACCAUGAGGGCUGGAACACGAGCUUCUUAGAAUGCUUAUCUUUUCCCUUAACCACAGUCUUGAGAAUGAAGGAGGCCGGCUAAAACGGUUUUUAACGUAUUGAAUUUUUUCAGAGUUCUUGGAUCGACUUUGCCACUAACGAUGUCCACGACACCAAAGUAUGGUGCGACAUGCUGAUCAGUGGAAGAAACUUGGGAAACACCAAAGAACAAAGUAAGUAUCUUAGUGCUAAGUCGUCAAAUUGAAAGUGCCAAACUAAUGGCGUGGCCAUGGGUACUAAAAUGGGACCCAGCUACGCCAAUCUUUUCGUAGGUUUUAUCGAACAUCAAUUUUUUAGCCAAUACCACGGCCCAAAACCUGAACUCUACGACCGCUACAUUGACGAUUGCAUCGGCGCUACCUCCUCUACGUACCAAAGAGGAGCUCACUCAAUUUAUAACCGCCGUCAAUUCCUUUCAUCCGGCUCUUAAAUAUACCUGGGAAAUUUCCGACACUUCUUUGGCUUUUCUAGACAUUAAAAUUUCAAUUGAAGGCAACGGCUUAUGUACUAGUGUUUACUACAAACCUACAGAUUCACAUAGUUACUUGUUGUAUUCAUCCUCACAUCCAUCACACGUCAAGAACUCCAUACCUUUUUCACAGUUUCUCAGACUUCGUCGUUUAUGUAGUGACGACUCUGAUUUUUCCGAAAAAUCGGAGGCAAUGUGCCAGUUGUUCGAUAAACGUGGCUAUCCUGUUUCUGUCGUUCAAGCGGGCUACCACCGUGCUCAACAAAUCGAUCGACAGGCAGCACUACAAACGGCCGAGAAGGAAAACACUGAUCGCAUUCCAUUUACUCUUACAUUUCACCCUCAGAACCACGUAGUUAAAUCUAUCAUUCUUAAAAAUUUUAAAUUACUCCAAAACGAUUCAGAGACUGGCACUAUCUUUUUGCAACCCCCACUUAUUUCAUUCAAACGUGACAAAAACAUAGGCAACUUUUUAGUCAGGAGUUCAUUUCAAACCAAUGACCAAUCUGGAACUUUUAAAUGCGUUCGCUCACGAUGCAAAACUUGUCCUUUCAUUCACAACGUAGAGAAAAUAUCGGGACCUAAAAGAUCCAUUAAGAUCAUUGAUCACUUUACGUGUACCUCCGCCAAUGUUAUUUACUGCAUAACUUGCACUUAUUGCAAUAAGUUAUUCAUCGGCGAAACAGGAAGACGACUGGGUGACCGAUUCCGAGAACACCUUCGCGAUGUGGAAAGAAAUGACAAGGACGCAUCCAAACCAGUCGCUAGACACUUUAAUCUUCCUACUCAUUCUAAACAGCAUAUGGCAGUUUGCGGCCUUUCCUUACAUCUAGGCAGUUCGGAAAGUCGUAAAACACUAGAACAAAAAUUUAUUUUCCAAAUCGGCACCCUUAAUCCCCACGGAAUCAACGAGCGCUUUUCAUUCAACUAAUUUAUUCCUGUUUUCUCGUCACCAUAUUCUCACCAAUGGCGUCGCCCCACUUUCUGCAUAUAAAUCCACACACAAUCCACAAUUCCUCUAAUCGCUCUGACGAAGGGCUAACGCUCGAACGUCAGCUUUUUUACCCUCUACGGUGGCUAAUUUACGUUUCCAACCCAGUUGUUAACACUAAAUUACCUGCUAUACUCUCCCACAUCAUCACAGCUUCUUUAGAAACUUACCCCUUUAUAACUUCUUGUGUUGCUUACAUCUGCCCCAAAAAUAAUAGGUCACGAGGUUGGCGAACAGCAGGUAAUUUAGUGUUAACAACUGAGUUGAAAACGUAAAUUGGCCACCGCAAAGAGUAAAAAAGCUGACGUUUCGAGCGUCAGCGUUGAUAAGAAACUUAUCCCCUUUAUUCAUAUUAAAUUUUAAUCUCGCUAGCCUACGUGUAGCCGUACCCUCCCCAUUCACCUUGGCAGAGGAAGGGUACGGUUACACGUAGGCUGUGAUCUAGCUGAUGUUUCUUGGAAUCACAAAUCACAGGCAAACCACACCAUGUGUUCGUGGUUAAUAAUUGUUGACAUGAGACGAGCUCAAUCUAUGAGGAUUAUGAAUAAAGCUCUGAAAUUUGUACAUGUAAAUUAUAUCUCGGUCUGGAUAUCUCAAUAAAGUUAAAUGAAAUGUUAAUCAACUGUUUUCUGAUAAUUUUUAGCCUUGUAGGCCGUUAAGAGACGAAAGGGAGACAAGGCUUGCUUCUUGAUGGCCGGCAACCGCGACCUCCUCUGCUUCAAACUGGAAUUAAUGCCAAACAACUGAAAAUCUCUCCUAACUAGCGACGGUUGUUGAUCGAUGAGAUGUUGCUCUAUCUCUUCGCUCUAUUGAGAUGUUCAGACUGGGAUGUAAUUUAGAUAUGCAAAUUUCAGGCCUAUAUUGUCUUAUAUAUACAGUUACUAACCAAGAACACAUCGUAUGGUCUGCCUGUGCACAAGCAAUAGACAGGUGUUUCGUUUCGCUCUUAUUUCGCAAUCUGCCGACACGAUGGAGUCUCUCUUGAAUAAUCUCGAAAAACAUGUUACUUGCUCCAUUUGUCUGGAUACUUACACCAAACCAAAGACCAUAGCUUGUCUUCAUACCUUCUGCUUGAAAUGUUUAGAGGAGCACGCUUUGAGAACCCAAACACAAGGACAAUUUCGAUGUCCCGAUUGUCAGGCACAAGUGAAUAUCCCAGAAGGAAAUUGUUUCGAUAAUUUGCCAACUGGCUUUCUGCAAAACAGUUUGUUGAGUCUUCUCGCUGUACGACAAAGUGGCGAUGGAAGUCAGAUCAACUGUGGUAAUUGUGAGAAAAAGAGCGCCGAGAUCAGCUAUUGCUUUGCUUGCGAAGAUUUAUUGUGCCGUGACUGUGUUAAUGCACACAAAAGGUUUCAAAACAGAGGCUUUCGAGGACACAGAGUGACGGCAGUGAAACAGUUUCAAGCCGUAGACUACGAGGCCUUGUUAAAGCGUCAGUCCUUUUGCCCUCAGCCUUACCACGAGAGAGAGGUAACCAGGUUUUUUUGCCUUGAAUGCCAAGUUUGUGUUUGUCAAGUUUGCAUAAACACUGAUCACAAGAAUCAUAACGUUGAUCCGCUUGAGAAAGCAGCGGAUGCCGAGAAAGCAAACAUUAUGGCGGCAGUCGAAUCGGCAGAACAAAAGAAGAAAGUCUGUAGCGAUGCGAUUAAAACUUUCCAACAAGUUGUUGUAGAGCUAGAACGAAAUGUUACCGCCGCUAAACGAGAGGUUUCCCAAACAUCGGAACAAAUGAUCGCGAAGAUUCGAGAACACGAGCGGGAAGCUAUACAAAUCCUCGAGAAUACACGCGUGUCUAGAAUGGAGAAAAUAAACUCUCUAAACGAGCAAGUAAAGUCAUUGAUCAAACAGCUUGACCAAGUAGUUCAGUUUGCAAAAAAUCUGGUUGAGGGAAGCUCCAGUUCAGAUGUUAUGAAAAGUAAGAAGAGUUUAGAGCAGCGGUUUGGAGAUCUCAACAAGGCCACAGUCCCUUCGCUUCCGGUUUGUUCAUUCGUGAAGUUUUUCCCGACUAAUACACUUGACAACCUAAACUUGGGGUCAGUGGUAACCGAUGAAACAGAUGUACGGUUGUCAUCAAUAGUGGCACUUACUAAAAAUCUUCAAGCUGGUUUGGAAGCAGAGCUUCUGAUUUGUCCAAAGCGAAAGAGUGGUAAAUGCCAGCGUGAAUUUGACGUUAAAGUGCUCAUAGAACCUGCUGAAUAUGUAGCAGUUUUAAGAACUUUUAAAAACGAAAAUGAUGAUUUCCACGUGAAGUUUGUUCCUAAAAUACCUGACACCUUUAACGUGACAGUCAUGAUAAAUGGCAACAAACCUUUUACCAGUCCUUUCAGAGUCCACAUAAAGGAACGACGGAUUGAUGUUGUGGGCGAGUUACUUCUAAAGGGAGAAAUUCCUGAUACUCCAAAUUCGAUUGUUGUCAACAGCAAAGGAACGAUCGCUGUGAGUGACCGUGAAAAACACUGCAUUCUAACGUUUGAUGAGGAUGGAAAUUUUGUGCAAAAAUUUGGCUGCUAUGGAGAAGGACCUGGGCAGCUCGUUAAUCCAGCUGGAAUGACACUCCUGAAUGAUGACGAGCUUCUGGUGGUGGAUGAUGAUAAUGGCCGAAUUCAACAAUUCAAUGUACAGACAGGGAACUUUGUGAAGAGCUUUGGAAAGACAGGGACUGGAGACGGCGAAUUUACAAGACCUGAAGGAGUUUUCAUCAAUAAUGAAGGACAUGUCAUUGUAGCGGAUCACUCUAACAGCAGAAUCCAGGUCUUGGACAAAGAUGGUAAAUUCAUGUCCAAAUUUGGAGACAACGACCCUGAAAAGCUAAAGAAACCUAGUGGAUGCAUUUAUCACAAAAACAAGUUCAUUGUAACUGACUUUGGAAACCAUUGUUUGAAAGUGUUUGACAAAUCAGGAAAGUUUUUGUACAAGAUUGGAGAAAAAGGCGAUGCUGAUGGACAAUUUUCAUCUCCAUGGGGUCUGUGUGUUGAGAAAUAUGACGAUCAUCAGAAUCUUUUAGUGUGUGACAGAAGUAAUGGACGCAUUCAACAGUUCACAAUGGAGGGUCGUUUUAUUGGCAAAACUUUUAUUAAGCUAAGAGAUCCGAAAGCAUUAGCUACAACACCAGAUGGUCGUAUUUUGGUUUGUGACUAUACAAACAAAAAAAUUUAUGUCUUGAAAUAG